GCCCACUAUUCACUGGCUGUAACCCUAGUAACUACGUCUCUAUGGAAACGUCCACAACAAAACACUGCUGUAGUAACUGUGGUCAAUACUCGUGUUACUUUCCAUUAUUUGAAGCGGUUCCUAAACACCGUUUUUAACAGUAUUUAUAUCCCAGUCAUAACGUCUGCCAGCUUUUUCACUAAAGCUCAAACAAAAUGCCUCAAAGCGCCACGUCUUCAUGUGGAAAGCAGUCGGGCAGCAGUGCUUUCACUCGACGCUAUCGCACACGAGCCCUUACCUCUCAUGUGGACGAGACCCUCUUUGGGACACCAAAUCAGCAUUCUGCUGGUGAUAUGAAAGACGACGCAGAAGGCGGAAGCGUGAGACUGAGGACGCGCUCUGCUCCUGCACCCGAAGAGCCACAUUUAGAGACCGUGCGCAUCAUCACUAAAGACCUCAUCAGGGAUCUCAGAAUCCCAAAAGAGGACCCAUCUGGGCAAUCUGUCAUCCUGUCUUUGGCUGAAUUCAGGCGAAUCAAGGUAGAGUCUCAUGUUCCUAGUGUGGAGGAGAAGGCAGCUGCACUCCAGACCCAACGCCAAGCCCGUGAAGAAGCAAUGGAUGCUGCAGAGCAGAGAAAAGCACAGAUGCGUCAGGCGGACCUGUCUCGGCAAAAGAAUCAGAACCUUAGUGAGCUUGAAGCAGAGGCAAGGGACCCUCAAUACCUGUUGGAACGGGCGAACGCCCUAAGAAUGGAACAAGAGGACGAAGUCAAGAAGCUUAAUGAGUUAAUUCAGCAAGUGCAGUGCCAUGUUGUCCGAGAUGCACAAAUUCAGGAGAAGAAACAGAACCGUGCAGAGUGGCAGGAGGAGGAGAAAAGACUGGAUGCCAUGAUGGAAGUGGAGCGUCGCCGGGCCUUAGAAACACAGGAACAAAUUGAACAGCUACAAAAGCAGCAAAGGAUUGAUGGGAAGAUGUGUAUCCUGGAUCAGAUCCAGAUGCGUCUGGAGGAGAAAAUGCUACAGGAGGAGUUGAAGGAACAGGAGGGUCAGCAAUUGCUGGAAAACAUGGAGAGGAUGCAGAUGGAGGAGCUCAAGGCCAUUGAAAGAAAGCAGGAGGAGCAGAAGAAUUUGCUUCAAGAGAUUCAGAAGAUAAAUGAGGAGAAUUUGCUCGCAAAGAGCAGAAAAAAAGAGGAGAGAUUAGCAGAUCUGCGAGCUGUAGAGUAUACACGUAAGAAAUUGGAACGUGAGGCAGAAUAUGAAGCUGAGCAGAUACGAAUCAAGAAAGACAAAGAGAAAGAAGUGGCACGACUGAGAGCUCUUCAAGAAAGGGACAGAGACCAUAAAGCUGAGCAGGAUGAGAUCAGGGCACGGAGGAACCAAGAAGCGGCUGCAAGGGAAUGGAGAAGAAAAGAAAAAGAACAGACUCGGAGAAAGCUGGAAGUGGAAGAGAAGCUGAAGGCUGCUCGUCUGGAGCAGGUCACUCACAAGGAGCACAUGCUGUCCAUUGAAGCUGGGCGGAGAGCAGAGUUCGAGAGGGUCCUAAGGGCACAGCAGGAGCUCAUUGAGAAAGAACGAGAAAAAGAGGAGCAACAGCAUCAAAAAAUCCAAAGGCACGCCGAAGCAGUGAGGCAGCAGGUACGGGAGAGAGAGGUGCAGGCCGUCACCCAGCGCAGAGAGCUGUUCCGAGAGGGUGAGCGGCUGGAAGAAGAGGCACGCAACCGCAGAGCACGCCUGGACGAGAUUAAAGAAAAGAAGCUGAGGGAACUCAAGGCAGCUGGGCUCUCAGACAAGUACUACAAGGAAGUGGAGCGUAAGGUUCAACACCUUCCAGCUCUACUAAACUGAGAAAUGGAAGAGAUCGACAUAAAGUACGUUUGUUGUCUGGCUUGACCCAUGAACUCCCCACGUAUAUUUUGCCAGUGGAUUUCUGGAAAAGAUUGCAUCAACAUUUUAAAAGGAUAAACAAAAUACAAGUCAAGGCAUGUAUGGUUUGUGGUCUGUGGCUGACAUAAUAACUACUGUAACUCCAAGUAUGCCAAAAGUGCACUGCUAAAUCUUCUGACGAGAUUGAAGGACAAACUAAAAUAAUUAAAUACUUCUGUAAUCAAAUAUGAGCUGUUUUGUAAUAUAAAAGAACGGAUGACAGGUGCUUUAAUCAUCACAUAAUCAAUGACCCUCUCAAGUUUUCCAUGGUCACAUGACAUCAAAUGAACGCUUACAUGGCUCCUAUAGUACAGGUAAAAUACUAAUCACUACAUGCUUUAGUAGGCAGAAGUAGACUUCAAAUGCAAAUGUAAUACAAUUAAACACUAUUCUUUUGAACAGUGUAAAUUAGUUCUAAGAGGUUCCUAUUGUACUAUGUAUAAUACCUUCUAGUUGCAUUCCCACAGAAAAGGUUUAUGAAAGCCUCGGAUCACAAAUGUAACUGCUGUACCUUUUAAUGUACUUUCCUUUUAUGGGGCCUUUAGUUAAAUUGAGAUAAAAAUGGGUACAGCAUGACAUAAUACAUAAGUCAUUAUAUACAGUAAAUGAACAACAACCCUGACUGUAAACCUGACUGUCUGAAUAGCAAAGACAAAUGUUUUAACUGGGUUUUUCAAUAUAUCAACCUGUCUGUAUCACAAAUGAAUCCAGGCAGAGGUGGAGGGCGAAAUCAAACAUGAGUUGUAAUCGAAUAAAAGAUGAACAACAUGGAACACACAAGAACAUGGAAAGAUAUAAAACUGGUAAAAGAGUCUCUUCUAAUGACUAGUGAAACAGAAGAUGUGUGUAAGCUGGGUAAUAACUGAAAUAUUAUCAUGAAACACUGUUGACCCAUCCCUCAUACCUUAAACCACCCUAAACCUACCCAUACCACCUAAUCUUACCUGUAUUUAACCUCGAUAGCAGUAAGUGUUUUGUAAUACAAUAUGAACACGGAGUAGUCAAGGCCACUUAAUAUGAAGUGGGACCAUUGCAAUUCUGUGUGUGUGUAAGUCUUGCUGUCUCUUCUUUAAACCCUACAGAUAGUCACACCUACUGUUAAGCAUUUUAUACGAAAUGCAUUACAAAAAUUUUUAAUUUGAGCUCUAUCUUCAUAUCUAUCUUUAAAUUAAAAUGUGAAUACUCACCACCCUGGGUCAUAUUACCAUGAACAAUAAAAUUAAAUGUGGUGACCA